GGGCUGAGCCCUGACUGGCGCAGUCGGGGGCGGCUCCCGGGGCAGGACGAGCCGUCCCCGCAGCGCCAUGGCUGCGCUACGCGCCAUGCUGUCCCUCCUCCGCGGCCCGCUGCGCCUCCGGCCCGGCUGCGCGACCUUGCGCCCCUUCGCCUCCGGUGCUGGCUUUCAGUACAUCAUUGCAGAAAAGAAGGGGAAGAACAGCAACGUGGGCUUCAUCCAGCUGAACCGCCCCAAAGCACUCAACGCACUCUGCAAUGGCCUGAUCGUGGAGCUCAACCAGGCCCUGGAGGCCUUCGAGGAGGAUCCAGCUGUGGGAGCCAUCGUCAUCACGGGUGGGGAGAAGGCGUUUGCAGCUGGAGCCGAUAUCAAGGAGAUGCAAAACCAAACAUUCCAGGACUGUUACUCCAGGAAGUUCUUGAGCCACUGGGACCGACUUUCCCAUGUCAAGAAGCCGGUCAUAGCUGCUGUCAAUGGCUACGCUCUUGGUGGCGGCUGCGAACUCGCUAUGAUGUGUGACAUUAUUUAUGCUGGAGAAAAAGCCCAGUUUGCACAGCCGGAAAUCCUACUAGGAACCAUCCCAGGUGCAGGGGGCACCCAGAGACUGACCCGUGCUGUUGGAAAGUCACUGGCCAUGGAGAUGGUUCUCACUGGUGACCGGAUCUCUGCCCAGGAUGCCAAGCAAGCAGGUCUCGUAAGCAAAAUUUUUCCUGUGGAGAGACUGGUCGAAGAAGCCAUCCAGUGUGCAGAGAAAAUUGCCAGCAAUUCUAAAAUCGUAGCAGCAAUGGCCAAAGAGUCCGUGAAUGCAGCUUUUGAAAUGACGCUAACAGAGGGAAACAAGCUGGAGAAGAAGCUCUUCUAUUCAACUUUUGCUACCGAAGAUCGGAAAGAAGGGAUGACCGCGUUUGUGGAAAAGAGAAAGGCCAGCUUCAAAGACCAGUGAGCGUCUCUACUUCUGCCUUGAACCCUCUACUUACAGACAAAUUAGAGUCUGACCGUCUUAGAGGGAGAUAAGUGCUGCUCUUGUAAAGGGCCGUGUAGGUGACGCGCAGUUUAUCCCUGGUGCUCGGGGCUGUCGCUCUCCUGGGUGGCGGGCGGUCUUCACCCAGCAGCCGUGAGAAUCCGUAUCGAGCUUGUUCACAUUCUGACUGAGCACAUUCUUCUUAAUCAAAAAUUAUGAGGGGAGCCUGAGUGGCUCAGUCAGUUAAGUGACUGACUCUCGGCUCAGGUCGUGAUCCCAGGGUCAUGGGAUCGAGCCCCGCGUUGGGCUCUGUGCUUGGCACAGAGUCUGCUUCAGAUUCUCUCCGUCUGCCCCUCUCCCACUUGUACACAUGCACUCGCUUGCUCACUCUCGAAUCAAUAAAAACCUUUAAAAAAAU